AUGUCCAUUAUAGGAGCUCUUGCCUGUCAAAAAGAUUCCUACCUCAAAUCUCUUGCGACAAGAGUGAUCUCAUGCCACAAGAAUGGAAACAAGUACGAAGUGGAACUAGAGGAUACAGUCUUGUUCCCUGAGGGUGGUGGUCAGCCAAGUGAUACCGGCAAGAUCUCCUCGGGGAGCGACAUUUUGGAGGUUGAGAGUGUGAUUAGAGCAGGACUGAAAGCCCUGCAUCUUGUGGACAAGCCUUUGGAGACAGGUGCUCCUGUGAACUUGAGCGUGGACUGGGAAAGGCGGUUCGACCAUAUGCAGCAGCAUACUGGUCAACAUCUUCUUUCUGCUGUGUUGGACAAGCGCGAUUUGCCCACACUCAGCUGGAACAUGGGGGAUAUGAUAAAUUACAUUGAGAUUCCUCGCAAGUUGACAGACACUGAGCGUGAGGAGGUCACAAAAGAAGUGAACUCGUACAUCACUCAAAAUCUGCCAAUCUCAGUUGAAGUUCCGCCAGAUCGCGAGGUCGACGAAGUGAAAGGUGUGAUGAGGAUUAUCCACAUUGGCGAUCUGGAUUCCAAUGCAUGCUGUGGAACACAUUUGAAAAAUUCAGGACAGAUUAAGGGAAUUGUUCUAUUGAAUCAAAUAGCUGGAAAAGGAGGCAAUUCAAGGCUGAAUUUUAUUGCCGGAGACAGGAUCUUCAAGUUCGCUGAAACGUCCCACAGUAUUCUGAGAGCCUUGAACUCUGCAACUUCCGUACAAAGCGAGCAACUGGUGGACAAGGUCAACGAUUUGGUGACUGCUACCAAAAGAUUGCAAAAUAGACAGUCGACAUUGCUGAAGGAGCUGGCUCUUUUGACUGCUGCAGACUUGAAGACCAAAGCGGGGGAGAAGAAAACCGUGUUUUUCCACAGGGCGGAUGUGGGGCUUGAUUUCUUGAACCAGAUGUUCAAAGAGCUAAAAGAUCAGCCUGGUACUUUCGUAUUAUUAUCUGGAGAAGGAAAAGACGGAGGCGCUGCGCUGGUUUUUGGCGAGGAUACAGAGCAGGUGAGCAAGGAGCUCAAGGAGACAUUAUCCGGCCUCAAAGGUGGAGGAAAAGGAAAAUUCCAGGGCAAAGUGUCUGUGUAUGGCAAAGGCGAGCUUGAAGCGCUGAAGCGCAAAUGGGCAUAA